AUGUACGGACAGACAACCCUAGAGUCAGUAGAUUCCGAUGUGGCUCUUCUUGAAUCUAUUCGCCAACACCUCCUUGGUGAUCAUAUGGAGCCUCCGGCAGCCCUCUUCGGCAGCUACGUAGACGACAUGAUCCCCUUGUUAUUCUCCAGUUCUACUACUGCUUCAGCAUGCUUGACUGGGCUUUUUACCAUGGAGAACUGGUGGGAAUCGGAUAUAAAAUCCGAGGGCAAUGAAUCUGAAGCUGUGAGCACCCCAGGGGAGGACGAGGUUAAACUGAGGGAGCAAACUCAGGUUGCGGCGGUUGCGCGUGAGGUGCGGGCACCCAGGGUGGAGAGGCAUUACAGGGGAGUGAGAAGGAGGCCGUGGGGGAAGUACGCGGCGGAGAUAAGAGAUCCAGCGAAGAAUGGCGCGAGAGUUUGGCUUGGGACUUAUGAGACUCCCGAGGACGCAGGGCUGGCUUAUGACCGAGCUGCUUUUAAGCUUCGGGGCUGUAAAGCGAAGCUCAACUUUCCUCACUUGAUUGGCUCGAACAACGUUGAGCCGGUUAGGGUUACCCCGAAACGGCGGCGAUCGCCGGAAGAGUCCUCUACGUUGACCUCGUCUGCAUCAGAGGACAACGACUCUCCCACGGCAAAGAGAAUAUAG